CUUAGUUUGGAAAUGAAUUCAGCUUAAAUGUAAAACACAGCUUGGACAUUUCUGAUUUUUCUAAGUGGCAAUGGGUCACACCUGGGCUGUGUAAAACGUUACCUGGUGCAAUGGAGUAUAUUUGGUAGGCAAUGGGGUGUAAACGUGUCACUGGUGGGUUAACAAUGAGAAGGACCGACUGAACAUAAACAUUGACUUUUCCCAUGACGACACAGGGAAGUAGCUUCGAGUAAGAGUCGUUUCCUCGGCACCUGAACAGCGACAGGGAAGGUUACCGCACGGAGUCGCUCAAAUGUACUAUUCCUCGAUAUAUCUGCACAUAAAGACGUGAAUUUGGGCACCGAAGGUAGCAUGAAGACCGCCCGGGAAGUCUCGGUGUGCGAUAAGCGUUGGAUGACGACUGUCUUCCUUCUGGUCUACCUUACACCAAUUAUAACAGGUGUAGUAGACGUCACUAUCGUCAGUAAGUACCAGUUCUUUGAUGAGUCCGAUGACACCUGGCUGUACUGUUACUACACGGGUAGUACCAUCAACCAGAACGGGUACCAGUUCGGUGUAGAUGCUGAUACUGGCUCAGGAACAACAUUUACACCACAGAGAGGCACCAGCAAGCUGUCAGGAGAAUGGUGGAGUACGAGAAUCUUGGUUAGAGCUGGUGAUUUCCGGGUUGGAGCAUUCUCAUGUCAAGUAAGCGACGGAAGUCAAACUGAGAAGGCCAUCACCUUCAAAAUGAAAUCACAGGCCGAUGUCUGGCCAGUGGCCUUCACAGUAACCGCCAGCCUAGGAGACCCCGUGACUUUACAGAUGGUACAGAAGUCCAGUAGAAACGGUACCCUGGAGUGGAGGAAGGGCGGGGUCGGAGGUACUGUUCUGGCCGGCCAGAACGGACUUAACCUGACCAUAGCCAGUGUCCAGUCUUCAGAUGAGGGGAUCUAUGAGUGCUACUAUCAGGGGGACACGGAAAGAAAACAGGGCAUCAUGAGGCUCAUUGUCAGAGGUUGUGCCGAGAACAAGUGGGGUCCACCCUCCUGUACCGAUGACUGUCCAGUGUGCUACAACGGCGGUGUGUGUGACGACAACACGGGGGAAUGUGUCUGUCCUCCGGGGUUUCAUGGACACAACUGUGAAAGCGCAUGUACGAAUAACAAGAUCGGUACAAGCUGCACGAGAGAGUGUGACGGUGGAGACUGUACUGGCCAGCUGCUGUGUGUGACGGACCCGUACGGCUGUUCCUGCGCUCCUGGACUCAUGGGGAUAGAGUGUAAUACUGCCUGCUUGCCUGGUGAGUUUGGGCCCAACUGUACCAGCACCUGUCACUGUGCGAGCGGAGAUUCCGUGUGUGACAUCCGGACUGGAGUCUGCUCUAGUGGAGGGUGUGAGGCUGGGUGGAAGGGUAACACCUGUCAGAAAGCCUGCUUGCCCGGUGAGUUCGGGCCCAACUGUACCGGCACCUGUCACUGUGGGAGUGGAGAUUCCGUGUGUGACAUCCGGACUGGAGUCUGCUCUAGUGGAGGGUGUGAGGCCGGAUGGAAGGGGGACAACUGUCAGACAGAGUGUUCCGGUACGUACGGUCCUGACUGCAGUAUAACCUGUGGACAUUGUCACAGGAGUCAGACCUGUGACAGGUUCACCGGGAGAUGUCCGACUGGAGGGGAUCAUGUGUGUGUGGCCGGGUACAAUGGUGACAAAUGUGAUCAAGAGUGUUACGAUUCGUACGGCCCUGACUGUGUCACCCCCUGCGGACAUUGUUACCUGCGCGCCUGUGACAGGUUUGACGGGACAUGUCCGACUGGAUGGUUUUACGUGUGCGAAGCCGGGUACAGCGGCACCAAGUGUGAUCAAGAGUGUUCCGGUACAUACGGCCAUGACUGUAGCACCAUAUGUGGACAUUGUUACCGCAGUCAGACAUGUAACAGGUUUGACGGGACAUGUCCGACCGGAUGGUCUCACGUGUGCGCUGCCGGUUACAAUGGUGACAACUGUGAUCAAGAGUGUGACGAUGGGUGGUACGGCCCUGACUGUGGCACAACCUGUGGGCAUUGUUACGCAAUUGAGAUCUGUGACAGGUUUGACGGGACAUGUCCGACUGGAUGGCUUUACGUGUGCGAAGCCGGGUACUUCGGCACCAGGUGCGAUCAAGAGUGUUCCGGUACAUACGGCCAUAACUGCGAGAACACAUGUGGACAUUGUUGGCAUGAUUUUCCCUGUGACAAAGUUGACGGGAGAUGUCCGAGAAGAUAUCAUUGGUCUCCCUUGUGUGAUGAAGGCUAUGGUGGUGACUACUGUGAUCAAGAGUGUUCCGGCAGGUACGGCCAUGACUGCGACACCCCAUGUGGACAUUGUUACGGGGGACAGAUCUGUAACCGUUACAACGGGGCAUGUCCGACCGGAGGGGAUCAACUUUGCGCAGCCGGGUACAAUGAUUACGGAUGUGAUAAAAGGUGUUCCGGUACGUACGGCCCUAACUGCAACACAACCUGUGGGCAUUGUAACGGGGGUCAGAUCUGUGACUUCGUUGACGGGAGAUGUCCGACCGGAUCGUUUUACGUGUGCGCCGCCGGGUACAUUGGUGACAAAUGUGAUCAAGAGUGCCCUGACGGCCAAUAUGGAGCUGACUGUACCCGAACCUGCCACUGUGCAGCCGGACCGACAGCCUGUAACAAGACGACUGGAUUCUGUACUGGGGGGUGUCUGGACCUCUGGGCUGGGGACUCGUGUCAAAUCCUUACAGCUACUGUCUCAUACGGAGGUCUCUUUGUUAAGAAAGAAGGUCACUUCUUUGGUAGUUCUUCUCACCACAUAACAGCGUACGACAACAUAGACGCAGAAGAGUGUGCCCGUCGCUGUCUGCAAGGUUACGGCAGCUAUGAUGGCGUCAAUCCGACAUGUCUGUCCUUCAACCAUCGCCCUGCCGGAUCGCCAGAGGGCGGCAGUGCACGGUGUUGGCUCCGUAGUUCUGACAAGGACACGGCGGUAUCUCCUGGUCCUGAGUGGGACAGUUGGCCUUACCGAAAUUACUACCAGAGGAAACAUAUGCUGGCGCCCCAAGAUUGCUCUGAAGUGUUCGCACUCGGGAUUCAGUACAGUCAUGUUUACACCAUCGGCCACCCACAACCAUUCCAAGCCUACUGUGACAUGGUCACUAAUGGCGGGGGGUGGACGGUCAUACAGCGGCGACAGGACGGGUCCGUGCCGUUUAACAAGACUUGGACUGAGUACGAGCAGGGGUUCGGCAACACUAGUGGAGAAUACUGGCUGGGAUUGGGGAACAUCCACAGCCUGACUACACAGAAACAAAACGAGCUGUACGUGUACUUGGAAGACUGGGAAAUGAACAGCCGGUUUGCGUGGUACAGCACGUUUUCUGUGGGAGGUGCCUUCAGAAAGUACAAGGUAACGAUCGGCGGGUACAGCGGGGACAGAAGUUUUGAUAGUCUGGCGCGCCAUCCUUAUAGCAUUGACAACAGUCCAUUUUCUACAACAGACCAAGAUAACGACGGUGACAGUCGUACCGACUGUGCGGGUACAUACGGACAAGGAGGCUGGUGGUACACUCCAAGAUGUGGCAGGGCCUUGUUGAACGGACAGUAUCUGACAGGCUGCUCAUCCUCCUGCUCGUACAGAGAUGGAAUCAUCUGGUACACUUGGAGGGGUUACCAGUAUUCCUUGAAGAAAACAGUCAUGAUGGUCAGACCCGCAAAUUUCCCAGCGUCUUUAUUCAAACAGUGCCAGAAUGGUGGAAAUCUGACCCAAGGACCUCAAGAUUCCGGACUUUUCAUCUGCGCAUGUGCAGAUGGAUGGUACGGUGCCUUCUGUGAUCAGGAGUGCGGACACUGCUACAUAGGGCAGACCUGCAGCAAGUUCGACGGAGCCUGUCCGACUGGAGAGUCUCAUGUGUGUGCGUCAGGGUACCAUGGCACCAAGUGUGAUCAAGAGUGUUCUAGUUCGUUUGGCCCUGACUGUAAUACCACAUGUGGCCAUUGUUACAUGGGUCGGACCUGUGACAGAUUCACGGGGACAUGUCCAACUGGAGAAGCUUUCGUGUGUUCGGCUGGGUACAAUGGUCACAAAUGUGAUAGCGAGUGUCCUGGCGGCUUGUACGGAGCCGGCUGCACCCAAACCUGCCACUGUGCAGCCGGGCCAGCUGCCUGUGACAAGCCGACUGGGGUAUGUACUGGGGGAUGUCAUGACCUAUGGACUGGAGACUCGUGCCAAACACCUGAAGAUACUGUCUCGUACGAGGAUCUCUUUUUUAAGAAGGAUGGUCGCUUCUUCGGUGAUUCUCCUGACCACAUAACAGCAUAUAACGACAUAGAUGCAGAAGAGUGUGCCCGCCGCUGUCUGCAAGGUUACGGCAGCUAUGAUGGCGUCAAUCCGACCUGUCUGUCCUUCAACCAUCGCCCUGCCGGAUCGCCAGAGGGCGGCAGUGCACGGUGUUGGCUCCGUAGUUCUGACAAGGACACGGCGGCAUCUCCUGGUCCUGAGUGGCACAGUUGGCCUCACCGAAACUACUACCAGACGAAACAUAUCCUGGCUCCCCAAGAUUGUACUGACGUGUUCGCACUCGGGAUUCAGUACAGUCAUGUUUACACUAUCGGCCACCCACAACCAUUCCAAGCCUACUGUGACAUGGACACUGAUGGCGGGGGAUGGACGGUCAUACAGCGGCGACAGGACGGGUCUGUACCGUUUGACAGGACUUGGACUGAGUACGAGCAGGGCUUCGGCAACACCAGUGGUAAUGCCGGUGGGGAACACUGGCUGGGAUUGGGGAACAUCCACAGUCUGACGACACAGAAACAAAACGAACUGUACGUGUACUUGGAAGACUGGGAAAUGAACAGCCGGUUUGCGCGGUACAGCACGUUUUCUGUGGGAGAUGCCAGCAGCAAGUACACGGCAACGAUUGACGGGUACAGCGGGGAUGCAACUGAUAGUUUGGACGCAUCCACUACUCGUCACAGCAUCAACAACAGACAAUUUUCUACAACAGACCAGGAUAACGACGGUGUCAGUACCGACUGUGCUGCUACAUUCGGACAAGGAGGCUGGUGGUACACUCCGAGUUGUGGUUACGCCAUGUUGAACGGACAGUAUCUGACAGGCUGCUCAGUACCUGCUCCAGCUUCCUGCUCCACUGCAGAUGGAAUCGUCUGGUACACUUGGUUGGGUUACCAGUAUUCCUUGAAGGAAACCGUCAUGAUGAUCAGACCAGCUGAUUUUCCUACUACGUCCUCAUUUAAAACAUGUCAGAAUGGUGGAACCCUGACCCCUGGACCUGAAGACUCCGGAAUUUACAUCUGCGCAUGUGCAGAUGGUUGGCAAGGUUCUCUCUGUAAACAGGAAUGUUCUGAUACUUACGGUCCCGCCUGUAACACCACAUGUGGACAUUGUUACGGGAAUCAGACCUGUGACAGAUUUACCGGGACUUGUCCGACCGAAGGGGUUCACGUGUGUGCUGCCGGGUACAACGGAACCAGGUGUGAUCAAGAAUGUUACGGUACAUACGGCCCUGACUGUAAUACCACAUGUGGACAAUGUUACGGGAGUCAGACCUGUGACAGGUUCAUCGGGAAAUGUCCGACCGGAGGGUCUCAUGUGUGCGGGGCCGGGUACAUUGGUGGCAAAUGUGAUCAAAGCUGCCCGUCCGGUGAGUUUGGACCUAACUGUACCGGUACCUGUCACUGUGCCAGCGGAGAUUCCGUGUGUGACAUCCGGACUGGAGUCUGCUCUAGUGGAGGUUGUGAGGCUGGGUUGAAAGGAAGCAACUGUCAGACAGUGUGCUCGCUAGGUGAGUUUGGGCCCAACUGUACCGGUACCUGCCACUGUGCGAGCGGAGAUUCCGUGUGUGACAUCCGGACUGGAGUCUGCUCUAGUGGAGGGUGUGAGGCUGGGUGGAAGGGGGACAACUGUCAAACAGCGUGCUUGUCAGGUGAGUUUGGGCCCAACUGUACCAGCGCCUGUCACUGUGCUAGCGGAGAUUCCGUGUGUGACAUCCGGACUGGAGUCUGCUCUAGUGGAGGGUGUGAGGCCGGAUGGAAGGGAGGCAACUGUCAGACAGCCUGCUUACCAGGUGAGUUUGGGCCAAACUGUACCAGCACCUGUCACUGUGCGAGCGGAUAUUCUGUGUGUGACAUCCGGACUGGAGUCUGCUCUAGUGGAGGGUGUGAGGCUGGGUGGAAGGGAAACAACUGUCUGACAGCAUGCUUGCCCGGUGAGUUUGGGCCCAACUGUACCGGCACCUGUCACUGUGCGAGCGGAGAUUCUGUGUGUGACAUCCGGACUGGAGUCUGCUCUAGUGGAGGGUGUGAGGCUGGAUGGAAGGGGAACGACUGUCAGACAGUGUGCUCGCCCGGUGAGUUUGGGCCCAACUGUACCGGCACCUGCCACUGUGCGAGCGGAGAUUCCGUGUGUGACAUCCGGACUGGAGUCUGCUCUAGUGGAGGGUGUGAGGCCGGAUGGAAGGGGGACAACUGUCAGACAGUGUGCUCGCCCGGUGAGUUUGGGCCUAACUGUACCGGUACCUGUCACUGUGCGAGCGGAUAUUCUGUGUGUGACAUCCGGACUGGAGUCUGCUCUAGUGGAGGGUGUGAGGCAGGAUGGAAGGGGGACAACUGCCAAAAAGAGUGUGAUGACGGUUAUUAUGGCCACAACUGCGCUAAACGCUGUGGAGUCUGUGUAACAGGGACAACCUGUGAGAAAACUGACGGCAGAUGUUCUGGAUGUGAGGACCCCUGGGUUGGAGAUACCUGUAAAAUGGUACCCGCAACAACAUUAGACCAUCCGGAUAGCUUCACGGUGGCUAUUCAUGAUAAAGCAACCUUCAGCUGCACCGGUCGUGGUGUUCCCGCCCCUACUGUUGUCUGGCAUCACGAUGGCGAAGUCAUCACACCGGGAGACCAAGUCAGUGUAGAAACUACAUAUGGAGGUUUAGUGGGAGAACAACACGUGACCAACAGUACCUUAACCAUUACGUCAGCACGUCCACACGAUAGCGGACAGUACGUCUGUAUGAUGUCUAACACAGCAGGGGUCGGCACGUCACAGGAAGCUGCACUUGUAGUUCAAGUUAAUCCUGUGGUCAGCAUACGCCCCUCAGAGGUACAAGAUCUGGUAGUCGGAGAAGUCAUCUCCAUCACAUGUAACACAAAAAGACGUUCCAGUGAUUAUACCUACCAGUGGACAGUCGAUGGAGUAGUUGUACCCAACCAGAGAGGCACUGUGUUCAGAUAUAAAGCUGUAAGCGGUGUUCAUAAGGUCAGGUGCAAAGUGACAAGUCCAAGUGGUGAGACAGAGUCUGAAGACAGCACCAUCACCGUGCUUCCGAAAGGAACCGUGACAUUUGUUUCCAGCAUGAGGAUAACUGGUAGAAACUUCACCCCUGAAAUGGAAAAUCCUGAUUCAGCUGCGUUCCAGAGCAUAAGUACCGAGAUCAAGGACUGGUAUCAGCAGGCUUUGGGACAUAUUCAAGGCAAUAUAUACAUCAGAGUAAAGGAUGCAAAACCAGGAAGUAUCAUCACAAAUCAGAACGUAAAUGUGAAGGAUGCUGAGCUUCAGGACCAGGACCUGUUUGACAGUAUCUCCAAUGCCCUGCAAACAGCUGCACGGACUCCAAGCUCUCUCGGAUUGGACCCAGCAAGCCUUACAUUUCUGACAACGACGUGUUACGGCGAAACAGUGACCGUGACAGACCCCUCCUCCAACCGUGUAAACCUGACGUUUCCAGACUCUGCCGGUGACACCCAUGUGUACUCAGAAGAAAAGUGUGCCAACAACACAGAAAGUGCUGGUGUUCCGUUGGCAGUCCGCAGAUGUAUGGGAACCUUUCAGACCGGAGUCACGUGGGCCAGACCGGAACUGUUGGAUUGUGGGCGGGAUUUGUCCAAACUGGCAGAGGUCCCUGUAACUCCAGAUAAUGUAGCAGAAGUUGCUGCAGACUUACAGAUCCUUACGUCUGUUGGGAGUUCACUUAUGGCGGAAAACAUCGCAGAUGCCUCCACUGUCCUGGACAACCUCGUAAACACCACAGGAGACGAGAAUGUUGGCUAUUCCGUGGUUGUGUCUGUUGAUCAGAUCAUGAACACUGAUGAUGACGUUCUCCAACAAAGUCAAGUUAAUGAUCAGUCUCUCUCUAGAAUUGUACGGGCGAUUGAGCAGUUUAAUGAUCGCGUAAAUCUGACAUCAAAUCGUUUCCGUCGCAUUGAGAAAAACAUAGGUGUGGAAACCUACAAGGUUCAGGCAGCAGAAGUGAUUAACAGUGUUGGUUUUGCAUUCCUUGAUGGCAGUGAGGAUCUUGAGGACGGAUUGGUACGAUCCUACUCUGACUCCUCCUCCAUCCCCACUGAUCAAGUGGAUGCUUCCAUUGUCUUGCCUGCCACUGCCUUCAAGAAGAGAAAUAUAUCCGAUCCCAGUGCCGGGGAAGUUCGUCUGAGUUUCAUCAUCUAUCUGAACAGCCGAUUGUUCCAGUCCAACCAGACCUCACCCGGCACGAAAACCAGGGUGAAUAGCAGGGUUAUCGCUAGUAAAGUUACUGGCAUCGAGCUCAAGAAUCUCUCCAACCCAGUAGUGACAAGAUACCUACCUCUCGUCCCAAACAUUACGGCUAACACAGUGAACAACAUGAGGUGUGUUUUCUGGGAUUUUGAAGCAGAAGGAGGAGUUGGCGCCUGGUCGACAGAGGGGUGUGCCUUUGCCGGGAUAGACAACGGCAGGGUGGUGUGCGAGUGCAACCAUCUCACCAACUUCGCUGUUUUGAUGGACAUCUAUGGAGGCUUGCACAGCUUUUUACUGGAUCUGAUCAGUAAGAUCGGGAUCGUGGUGUCUAUCACAGGCCUGACCCUCACUCUUAUCUCCUACCUGAUAUUCAAGCAGCUUCGUAAGACCAGACCACAGCACAUCCUCACCAACCUGUGCAUCGCCUUACUGGCGACUCUCAUCCUCUUCCUGACCGGCAUCGACGCUACCCACUCCCCAAUCGGCUGCACCAUCGUGGCGUUUCUGCUGCACUACUUCCUCCUGGCUGUGUUCAUGUGGAUGGCGGUGGAAGCCUUCAACAUGUAUCUGGCUUUCAUCAAAGUCUUGGGGGCACAUGUUUCCAGAUUUAUCCUCAAGGCAGCCAUAUUUGCGUGGGGUCUUCCGUUGGUCAUUGCCAUCGCUACUUUGGCUGUGGAUGUCCCCGGCACCUAUCCUAAUGGACAGGGAACCUACAGGAGCACUAGCGUUUGCUGGCUGCAGGGUAACCAGCUGUACUACGGUUUCCUGUUGCCUGCCGGACUGGUACUGGUGUUCAACACCAUUGUGUACAUCAUCGUCAUCAGCAAGCUGGCCUGUGGAGGGAGGACCGAUGGGAAAGUCGCUCAUCCCAGAAGUGGUGCGACGAAGCAGAAUCUGCGUAUCGCCAUCGCCAUCAUGGUGCUGGUCGGACUCACCUGGAUCUUUGGAUUCUUCAUGAUCAGUGACGGAAGGUUCGUCUUUUCCUACUUGUUCUGCAUCUUCAACUCCCUGCAAGGAUUCUUCAUCUUCAUCUUCCAUUGUCUACGUCAAAAGGAAGUCCGGAACCUGUGGUUGAAGUUUUGUGGAUGUCUCGUGGACGAUUCUCGUGCAACCAAGUACUCGACAGGAACGUCGUCGUCAAACCCAACUGAUCUGAAUACGGACUACAACUCGCGGGGACAGCUGAGAGGCAAUGGGGUACCCAUGAAAACGUAUUCGGAAUAGUCUGUGUUAAAAGUAAUUUUGUCACAAAUACAUACAACACAGACGGAAAUAAAACACUUCCUAAAUUACAUCCAAUCAUAAUGGGUAUCAUUCAAUGAACAAGGUUUAAGACGUUGGUACAAAACAUAAACAGCGUAUUAAAACAAGUUUUAAGAUUUAUUCUUCCAGUUAAUGAUUCAGGUCGCCAUUGUAAUCAAGUAUCCCUCCACCGGCACUCCAAAUCAUUUUACAAGCCUAAGGACACACACACACAAAAGUAUGAUAAAUUUCAACUGUAUGUAAUAAUGAAUCUAUGAUUGUGCACGUAUUGCCUUCCCAAAGACCUUUUUCAGUAAAAAUCUAUAUUUUAAUUAUGCUAAGUAACAGGAACUUAAUACUAAGUAAAGACUAUACCUUCGACAGGAAUUAAUAGAUUCGAUCCGCGAAAACCAUUUACUAAUUCACAUAACUAAAUGAGAAAAUUGCAUAAUACCCCAGAUUAUCCAUACUACACAUAAAGGAUAAAGUUAUCACUAGAUAUAAAUAGUUAAAAUCUUGACAUUGUCUUUAUUAGUAAAGAGAAGACACUUUUUUUAUAAUUUUUGAAGAAGGAAGUUCAUAAUUUGAGUCUAACCAGACAUAAGAGUAUGUAGUUUUUUUAAAGAGGAGAUAAAGAGACAUAUUUAUGUAAUUAAUGA